UUGAAACCGUUUGUGCAUUAGCUAUUACAUUAUGAAUUAAACUAAAAAAUUGUCUAUUAUUACUAAAAUAAUUUCAAAAAAGAAAAUUUGACAGUCUCUAACAUAUUAUAGAGAAAGAUCAUUUGCAAUGAGUACCUCACGUAAGAACUUAAGACUUAAGAAAUCUUUUCUAAAACAAAUAAACGUCAAUGAUGUUAUGGAAGAACUAAAAGCGAAUAAUUAUUUUGAGAAUGCACAUCGUGAAAUGUUAGCAUUCGUUAAAGAUUCGCUUCCCUAUAAACAGAUGCAAGAAGUUGCACUUCAGCAUAUGCUUGAUUCUCUGACAAAUGUUCAGCAAUUGCCUGAUGAAGAAGGACGCAAAGAAAAGAAACGUCAUAUUUCUAAGAUUGGUCUUUUUGCCAUAGAGCUCAAUAAAUUAAUAUCGAAAACACUUUCUGAUAAACUUAGCCAGGAAGCCACAGUUGUUGCCAAAAGAGCCUUGAAAAGGCUGUAUGAAAAAUCAGAAUGUUCUAAUUCCAAGAAUGAUGGAGGUAAAAAAAGAAAGCAAAAAAAGGAUUCAUCUAAAAUUUCCCAAAAUACUAAUGAGAAAAAUCAAACAUUCCCAAUGGAAGAUAGUGAUUCGUUUGUAUCUUUAAUGGAUGUUUCUGAUGAAUCUGUGAGCUCUGUUCAUACAAGUGAUCUUUCAUCAUUUGAUGAUGAAAUAGUUGUUUCAUCUGAAGAUGAAAUGGGUGAAAAGCAAGUAAAACGGAUUUCUUUUAAAACUGCCGAGAAAGCUUAUUUUGAUGAUGAUUUUUCUAAAGUCAGUAAAUCUAUGGUUGAUGAGAAAAAUAAUACAGAUGAAGUAUCUGAAGAGUCUAAAAUCAGUAAAUCUACGGUUCAGGAGAAAAGUAAUACAAAUGAAGCAUCUGAAAAGUCUAAGACUGGAAUGUCUUUAUCCAAUACAUCAAAGAAUUCUAUUGCAUCUGAGAACAUUCCUUCACGACCCAAAAGAGAAAGAAAGAAUUCUACUGCAUCAGAGAACAUUGCUUCACGACCCAAAAGAGAAAGAAAGAAUUCUACUGCAUCUGAGAACAUUGCUUCACGACCCAAAAGAGAAAGAAAGAAUUCUACUGCAACUGAGAACAUUGCUUCACAACCCAAAGGAGAAAGAAAGAAUUCUACUGCAUCUGAGAACAUUGCUUCACGACCCAAAAGAGAAAGAAAACCCAAUUCAAGAUAUUCUGCUGAAGAAAUGUAUUUGUAAUUCAGAUGGUGACCAAAAUGGCUUUAUUUAAACUUUUGAAUAAUCUGAAUCGUUAUCAUUUUAAAACUUUGAAUAAUUAAAAUGAAAUUCAAAAUACCAGCAAAUAUAUAUUUACAAAUCGUGGAUAAUCAUUUAAAAACUAUUUUUAAUGUCCUAUUAUUAGAUAGAAAAAUUGAGAUUAUUAAAAAUAGAGAAAUUCUACCUUCUGCUGCAUACUUGUAAGGAUUUUCAUUUUUAUACUUUUAUGACAAAAUAUUUGGAAUGAAAAUAAAUUUUUUAUGUGCAUUGUAAAUAAGAAAAUAAAACAUCAAUGAAUAGCGAAUGAAAGAUUUUUAAUUAUAUGUUGUUGCUUUUUAAAUUUAUAUUUCCUUGCUAAAAUUGAAGAAUCAAAUGAACUGCUUGCUAAUAUUUUUAUCACUAAGAAUUUUUAUGUGUGACUUCAGUUAAGAACAUAAUUUAAAUAUCUUUAAAAUUUGAUAGAACUUACCAAUACAGGCAUUAUUUAAAUUCUGGAAAAAUAUUAUAACUAGAAUUAAAUUUAUACCUCAUAUCAUAAAAUCGGACAUAUUUGCAGUAAAUAUAUUUCAGUUUGAAUGUAUAUUUUUGCAAAAAAUUAAACUGAAUAGAAUUCAGAUAAUUGUAACAAUUUAAUUUACUCUUUCGGAAUACAUGAGGGAAAAAAAUUGUAUAUAUAGAGAGCAGGUUCAAUAUUUAAAACACCAAAAAGGUACUUAUAAGGUAGUCUAUAUGCGUUCAAGGCAGGUUUAAAAAAGAACAAGAUUCCAAACACUUACUUGUAAUUUCAAUCUUUUGUGAUACUCUAUAUUGAGGUAAACAAAUUGUUCCUAUGCUCUGAAAGUAUUAUAAUCCCUUUAUAAAAAGGUCUUUUGGUUGACAUUAUAUCCACUUCUGAACUGUCUGAAUCAUGGCAUCAUUGUUAACAGGCGUCAUGCCGGUUUGCUUUAUCAUCUUGCCUUCUCUGAGGUAUUUAUAUCAAUCAACACACAAUUUUGUUAGAGCGUUCUUUCCUUUACUGCUGUUAAAGUGAAUUUCAGAGUACUGCGCAAUUUCUACUAAGAAAUUCUGUAACAGUGAAUUGUUCCAUGCUCUAGAACAAUUUAUGUUCACUCAUCAUAAGGUAUCCUGAAGCAUAAAGAAACUCUCAGGCUAGACUGAAUAAGCUCUAAUCUGAGCAGGAAUGAAAAUAGGGAUUAUGACUGCAAUCUUUCAAGACCAUGCUGCUUGUUUACACUGAAAGAUGUCCUGAUCAUAUUUGAGCCACCUUGUAUUUGAGAAGCAUUGCAAAUGACUUUCUCAGAACAUAU